GGCGGGGUCCUGAGCUUUAGAGCGUGCUAACUGUGGUAAAGUUUUCGGGGCGACUUAUCAGUGACUGAAUACUCCAACGCUCUCUUUUUCUUCUUGUGUUUUUAAAUAGUCCCAGGCGCGACUAUGGACACUGUCCGGACAUUUUUGCCUGUCCUUGUCGUGUUUAUCGUAGUUUCGGAGAAGUUUUUGGCGCUGGCCUCCUUCUCCCAGUCUCUGGACAGCGACUUCACGUUCACUCUGCCCGCUGGUCGCAAGGAAUGUUUCUACCAGACUAUGAAGAAAGACGCCUCACUGGAAAUAGAAUAUCAGGUAUUAGAUGGUGCAGGCCUGGACGUGGAUUUCUACAUCUCGUCUCCCUCUGGCCAGAUUCUGUACAAUGACCAACACAAGUCGGACGGGAUGCACACCAUUGAGACCGAGGACGGGGACUACAUGUUCUGCUUCGACAACACGUUCAGCGCCCUCUCGGAGAAGCUCAUCUUUUUCGAGCUCAUCCUGGACAACAUGGAUGCCGACGAGGAGCCCGACGACUGGAAGGAGUACGUGCACGGGACGGACAUGUUGGACAUGAAGCUGGAGGACAUCAUGGACACCAUCAACAGCGUGAAGGCCCGCCUGGGCAAGAGCGUCCAGAUCCAGACGGUGCUGCGCGCUUUCGAGGCCCGCGACAGGAACAUCCAGGAGAGCAACUGCGACAGGGUCAACUUCUGGUCGGUGGUCAACCUGGUGGUGAUGAUGCUGGUGUCGGGCGUCCAGGUCUACUUGGUGCGCUCGCUUUUCGAGGACAAGAAGAAGAUUCGCACGUAGCGUCUCCCAGGGAGGCCUGGUGGGUAGAAAAGGGAAUAUUUACUUAUUUCCGCAGAGCUUAUAUAUAUAUAUAUAUUUACAUUAACACAACAAACAGCAUUUUCAGGUCUUCAAAGCACUGGAUUUGUCUUUUCAAUUAUGGGACACAACAUUUUUAUAAGACCCUUAACAGGUCUUAGACUAGAAUUUGUUACACUGUCAACACUUUAGUGUAUAACAUGAAGCUGACUGACGCCGUUCUAAAGCACUGUACGUCCUCAUUUUGUAAAGUCGACUGACACAGAAACAAAGAUUACACCUGCGUUACUGAACAACCGCAAAGAAAAACCUGUGACUGAGAUAUUUAUUCCUUUACUUGUAAAUGUGUAAAUUAAAAGAAAAUGUUUUUGACCUUAAUGGUUGGAAUCGUCAUUCUUAUUACUGUCAUGCAGUGACUUGGACCUCAAAAAUGAAAAUGUGUCCAAUAAAGUUAUUUGAUGUAUGA